CAGUGGAAGGAUGCCUCGUUACAGUGACCGCCAUGCAAACACGAGACUUUAUGUUGGACGCCUAUCUUCGAGAGUUCGUUCGCGUGACCUUGAGGACCUUUUCAGCAGAUAUGGAAGAGUACGGGAUGUGGACCUGAAGUACGACUACGCCUUUGUUGAAUUUAGUGAUCCACGAGAUGCUGAUGAUGCAAGGUAUAAUUUGGACGGACGAGAAUUUUACGGUGCUCGUAUUAUUGUUGAAUUUGCCAGAGGGGUAAGUAUAGAUCCAUUUACGUUAACAAGCAAGAUUUGAGAACCAAGAUCCACUUGUUUUCUUUUCUGUUAAUCCCUUGUUUUGUAGCAUUUGUUGCAGCUUUGAAUUUCACCUACUUAGGU